AGUGCGGCAACUUCCGGGUCAUCGGCGGAGACUUCCUGUUCCCGUGUUGGAGAGAGGGGAACGAGUGUCGUCUGUGAUUCGGAGUCUUCUUCAACAUUUCACCGUGCAUCCGUUCCUGUUUUCAGCUGUUUUACACGCCGAUUGUGUGUAGAAAAACCUCCAGGGCCUGAUUUUUGCAGUAUGGCAUCGACAAGCAACAGCGAUGAUGACCGCAGCAAAAGUUUAAGAUGGAAGUUUACCUGUACAGAGUGCAGCCAACCGUUUAGUCGACGGGAUCAUCUAAAACUGCACAUGCGAACUCACACAGGUGAGAAACCCUACAGGUGUGAGGAGUGCAGCAAGCAGUUUACAGCUCUGAGUAGUUUAAAGACUCACAUGCGCUCUCAUACAGGGGAGAAACCCUACAAGUGUGAGGAGUGUAGCAGGCAGUUCAGUCGACUGGAUCGUCUGAAGAUCCACAUGCGCACUCACACAGGUGAGAAACCAUACAGGUGUGAGGAGUGCAGCAAGCAGUUUACAUCUCUGAGUAAUUGGAAGACUCACAUGCGCUCUCAUACAGGGGAGAAACCCUACGCAUGUGAGGAGUGUAGCAGGCAGUUCAGUGUGCUGUGUAGUCUGGAGUAUCAUAUGCGCACUCAUACAGGGGAGAAACCCUUUAGCUGUGAGGAGUGCAGCAAACAGUUUACAACUUUGAGUAAUUUGAAGACUCACAUGCGCACUCACACUGGGAAGAAACCCUAUUGUUGUGAGGAGUGUAGCAAGCAGUUCAGUCAGCCGGGUAGUCUAAAGAUCCACAUGCGUACUCACACAGGGGAGAAAGCCUAUAGCUGUGAGGAGUGUAGCAGGCAGUUCAGCACGCUGGGUAACUUAGAGAGUCACAUGCGGACCCACACUGGGGAGAAACCGUACAAGUGUGAGGAAUGCGGCAGGCAGUUUGGUCAACAUGCUGGUCUGAAGAGGCACAUUCGUACCCAUACAGGGGACAAACCCUACAUGUGUGAGGAGUGCAACAAGCAUUUCAGCGAUCAAGGUGAUUUGAAGAAACACAUGCGGACUCACACUGGGGAGAAACCGUACAAGUGUGAGGAGUGCAACAGGCAGUACAGUAAGCCAGGUUCUUUGAAGAAUCACAUGCGAACUCACACAGGGGAGAAGCCCUACGUGUGCGAGAAAUGCAACAAGCAGUUUAGAGAUAAAAGUUACUUGAAGAAACACAUGCGCACUCACACCAGUGAGAAACUCUACAAGUGUAAGGUGUGCAGCAAGGGUUUCAAUUAUACUGGUGAUUUGAAGAAACACAUGCGUACUCACACGGGGGAGAAACCCUACAAGUGUGAGGAGUGCAGCAAACAGUUUAGUACACUGGGUCAACUGAAGAGCCACAUGCGCACUCACACAGGAGAAAAGCCUUGCAAGUGCGAGAGGUGCGGCAAGCAGUUCAGAGAUAAUGGUGAUUUAAAGAAACACAUGCGCAUUCACACCGGUGAAAAACCCUACAAGUGUGAUGAGUGCGGCAAGCAGUUUAGUUGGUCGCUUUGUCUAAAGAGCCACAUCCGGACUCAUACGGGCGAAAAACCCUACAAGUGUACGGAGUGUAGCAGCCAGUUUAUUCAGAUGAGUCACUUGAAGGUACAUAUGCGUACUCAUACAGGGGAGAAACCGUACAAGUGUGAGGAGUGCAGCGGGCAGUUUAGUAAUCUGAGUAGUCUGAAAACCCACAUGCAUACUCACACAGGGGAGAAACCCUACAAGUGUGAGGAGUGCAGCGGGCAGUUUAGUAAUCUGAGUAGUCUGAAAACCCACAUGCGUACUCACACAGGGGAGAAACCCUACAAGUGUGAGGAAUGCAGCAGGCAAUUCAGUCAGCUGGGUCAUUUAAAGAUCCACAUGCGUACUCACACAGGUGAGAAACCCUACCAUUGUGAGGAGUGCAGCAAGCAGUUCAGUGAGCUGGGUCAUCUGAAGACUCACAUGCGUACUCACACAGGUGAGAAACCUCACAAGUGCGAAGAAUGUGGCAAGUCCUUUAGACACCUUGUCAGUUUGAAGACACACAGGCAAAAGGAACAUUCGAGUAAGACCUUUGACCUGGGACAACUAGAGUACUUCCGGGUCAUCGAUAGCGAUUUCCUGUCUAAGAUAGAGACACCCAUCGUCGCGAAGUCAGCUCCGCACAGACUUUCUCAUUAUUUCUGCCUGUUCCAGUUUACAGCUAGUUGUACACAUACACUUCAGAGGUGGCUUUUUGUAACAAUGGCGUGUACAAACAGCUACUCCAUUGACGUCACCAAAGGUCCUGAAGAAAACGUUCUUGCAGGUGAGAAUUGCAACAGGCAGUGUGGUAAGAAGGAUGAUCCGAAGACAAAGCAGCAGACUCAAAAAGGCUACAAGUGCGGCGAGUGCAGUUGGCAGUUCAACCAGAAGAUAGAUUUAGAAAGACACAUGCGCACUCAUACGGGGGAGAAACCCUACAGGUGUGAGCAGUGCGGCAAGCAGUGCAGCGUGUUGGGUAAUCUGAAGAUACACAUGCGCACUCACACCGGUGAGAAACCUUUCAAGUGCAAGGACUGCAGUAAGACGUUCAGUACCAUGAGCUAUCUUAAGAUUCAUGCGCGGACUCACACAGGGGAGAAGCCCUACAUGUGCGAGAAGUGCAACAAACGGUUCAUGAGGCAGAGUGUUCUGAAGCAACACAUGCUCACUCACACCGGGGAGAAACCCUACAGUUGUAAGGAAUGUAAUAAAAAGUUUGGCAGGCUGCAUCAUCUAAAUAACCACCUCCUAACUCACACCGGCAAGAAGUCCUACAAAUGUGAGGAAUGCGGCAAACAGUUUAGUCAGCGGGGUUAUCUGAAGACCCACAUGCGCACUCACACAGGGGAGAAACCCUACAGGUGUGAGUAUUGCAGCAAGCUGUUCAGAAGGCUAGAUGAUCUGAAGAAACACGUGCGCACUCACACUGGGGAGAAGCCCUACAAGUGUGACGAGUGCAGCAGGCAGUUCAGUACACAAGGUAACUUGAAGAACCACAUGCUCACUCACACAGGAGAGAGGCCUUACUCGUGUGAUGAGUGUAGUAAGCAGUUCAGUACGCUAAGUAAUCUAAAGAGUCACAUGUACACUCACACAGGGGAGAAGCCAUACAAGUGUGAGAAGUGCAGCAAGCAGUUUCGUGCACACGGUAACCUGAAGAGUCACAUGCGCACGCACACGGGGGAAAAACCGUACAAGUGUGAGGAGUGCAGUAAACAAUUCGCUCACCCUUCUUAUCUAAAGAAACACGCGCGGACUCAUACAGGGGAGAAGCCAUAUAGGUGUGAGGAGUGCAGCAGGCAGUUCAGUGAGCUCGGUGACUUGAAGAAACACAUGCGCAGUCACACCGGCGAGAAACCGUACAGGUGUGAUGUGUGCAGCAGGGCAUUCAGCAGUCUCGGCUCAUUGAAGUCCCACAUGCGCACUCACACGGGUGAGAAACCGUACACGUGUGAGGAGUGCAACAGACAGUUCAGAGAAUCGGGCACUCUGAAGAUACAUAUGCGAACACACAGAGGGGAGAAACCCUUUGCGUGUGAGGGGUGCGGCCGGCACUUCGCCGGUCGAGAUGAUCUGAAGAAACACAUGGUUGUCCACACCGGCGAGAAACCCUACCACUGUGCGGAAUGUGAUACAUCCUUUCGGCAUCUUGCGACUUUGAAGAGGCACAUUUACACUCAUACCGGUGAGAAACCUUAUAAAUGUGAGGAGUGCGGUAAGCAGUUUAGUGAUAAGUGGGAUAUGAAGAAACAUAUUCGGGUCCACACCGGAGAGAAACCCUACUCGUGCGAAGAAUGCAACAAGUCCUUCAAUCACCUUGUCAGUCUGAAGACACACAGGAAAACACACCAGUGAGGAAUAUCCUAACAUAACAACUGCCCAAAGGCAAAAAUUCUCACACCGACAUCUCUUAGAGCUUGAGACUCGUUAAUGACAGUUACGCAGUGUUGUCCUUGUGAGCAAACGUCUUAUGAAUGUAUUGAAAAUUUUAUCCGUGUAUACUUUUGUGUUGGAAGAAAUUUGAAGUUGCCUUGUACUAUGAUUUACCAACACAGAUGAGCUUCCAUGGUCUAAAGAAUGUAAUUAUAUACAUAUAGCGAUGGUAACAUUGAUGUCAUUCUAGCUUUUAAUAUGUUUGCAUUUUCCUUUUUUUUCUUUUCUUUUUGUUUGCUCACCCAUUACUGUACGACUAGGAGAUUCAAGUGGAUUACCUGUAUGAUUUUCCAUUUGGAACUGCAUGUAUGGGACCUGGUUUGUCAAGUAACAUCAAUUACUAGUAGUUUAUAUUAUUACUUUAUUUUUAGAUUUUGGACCACUCAGUUUGUUUGGAUCCUUAUUAUGGCGCGCACUGUUACUAGUAAAUGAUUUAUUGAGCAUCAUUUUUGUCAGUUAUAGCGUGACCAAGAAAGGGGUUUGAACAUUGCAUGGAAAAAUUAGGGUCGUUGAAGACCAGUGCUUUUCUUUAUGAAAGUUAUAAAUACGUUUAGCACUAGUGAUAGAUACACAUGCUGCCAGUUUGUACAUUGUUUGUAUCAUAUAUAAGAUCAGCUGACUAUGUAUGGGAUAUCUUAUUCUGCUGUAUAGAGUUGCAUCGUUGACAUUAGACUAACAACAGUUGAUAUAGCAACUACUGUUUUUUUUUCACAUAUGCGAUUAGUGAAGUCCAACUUACAGUGCUACAAUAGAAGAUAAAACGAUAGUUACGUUUAUAAACCAGGAGCAUGACAUGAAUAUACAUUUGUAGACCUUUUUCAGAAACCUAGAAAUUAGGUUCUAACUACUAGAUAUGUAUGGUAGAGUGUCAUUUGUAUUUAAUAUAACACUAGAAUAGAGGCAUCUUUAGAUAUUAGUUUAGCUUUGUUUCUUCUGCCUUUAUGAAUAAAAUAGUUUCCAUAUCAUCAUUAGAGAGGGAUGUUGUUGAAUAUUCUAUGACUCAAAAUAAAGGACGCUCUUGCGACUUCUUGAUUUCA